AUGUCAUUGCUAUCAGUAUUCCCCAGGGCAGGUGACCUUCUAUUCUCACAAAAUAGUUCAAUUGCAAACUCAUUUAAAAUAGAUUGGACAUCAUCAACUUCAGAAGAAAUGGUACUAAAUCAAUUGGGUUUACCAUUACAAGUAAUUGGUAGUAAUAAUGUAUUUUUACAACCAUAUUUACCCCUACAACAAAUGAAUUCAUUAUUACCAACAAACAAUAGUAGUAAUAAUAACAACAGAAAUUUAAAUAAUAAUAGUAAUGGUUAUUUUGUUGGUACAAGUAAUAAUUUAUUUUUAAAAUCACCUCCAUCAACAACACACGCAAUUGUAGAUAUUCAGAGUGGCGAGAUUCAUUUUAGAGACCAAACCUUAAAUAAAUCAUUAGAGCUAACAUCUUCAGAUCGUAGAUUUAUAGAUAAUGUUUUUGAUAAAGUAGAGUUACUCUAUAAUAGUACAAAUAAUGUUUAUAAGAAUCAAAAUCAAAGUAAUAGUAAUAAUAGUAAUAACAAUAAUAAAAAUAACGAAGACGAUCACUUUAAAGAAGGUUCAGAAAAGUGGAUUAGGGAUCAAUUUGAAAACUAUAUUGUUUGUUUGUUAAGUUCAGUUUGUAGAUUUAUUAAACAGGAGGAUGUAAAUACAGUAAUAACAAAUAUGGAUCAAUUAUCUCAAUACAAUGAUAGCUGGAUAAAGAAAUGGGCAUAUACAAAAAAUUUUAACAUAUGGAAAAAAGCAAUGUUUAAUAAUUUACCAUUACCACAGCUUAAUUACCCAGUUCAUCCAUCUGGCCCACCAUCAGAUAUGUUAGAUAAAUUUCAAGAUAAAAUUACUGCUUCAAUGAAAGACCUAAAACCAAUAACUUCACAAUUUUCAAAAUAUUUAUCAAUUACGUCAUCAUUGUUUUUUACAGGUACAGUUAAUAGUAAUAGUAAUAACAGUAAUAAUAGUAAUAAUAAUAAUAAUAACAAUAAUAGUGAUUAUAGAGAUUAUGACGAAAUAAACAAUAAUACCCAAACCCAUAAUAAUAGUAAUAACAACACAUUUAUAAUAAAAUCAAGUAACAGUGAAGAGUAUUUGUAUAGUAAUGACGAUGCUAUGUUUGAUGGAACCAAUGUAAAUUGGAGUAAAGUUCAAGAAAGGAGUAUUAAUGCAGCAAACAAAGCAGUAAAUGCUGUUAAACCAAUGGUAUCAAAUAGCAAAGUAAUUGCAAAGCAGCUAUCAAACUCUUUAAUGAGCUAUAUAGCUCCAAUGCCUUCCGAUAUUAAUGUCAACAACGAGCUUGAUGAAUCAAAUAAUGAUUUAUUUGAAUCGCCACCAAAUGAAUUUGACUUUCUUGGUAAUUACUAUAGUAACAAUACAUCACCUAUAAAAUCAGUCGACAAUAAUAGUAACAGUAGCAGUGAUAGUAAUAGUGGUGGCAUGAACAGAAACAAUAGCUCAGGUAAUAUGGUUAGAAACAAUAGUUCAGGUAAUAUGAUCAGAAAUAAUAGUUCGGGUAAUAUGGUCAGAAAUAAUAGCUCAAGUAAUAUGAAUAUACCCAUUAUCCCAACAACCUCGAAAAAAAUAGUAAACAUAAUUUCAACUUCAUACGAUGAUAACGGCGAUGACUAUUUAUCACAAUCAAGAUCAACAACCACAACAACUUCAUCCAAAAAAUCUUAUGAAUUGGCAUCAGACAUUCAAUCAUUAGACGAUAUUUACGAACUUUAA